GCUCUUUCCCCUGCAUGAUGACAACCUCCGCAUGCAGUGAGGGGAGCUCAGCUGCAGUUUGCUGCAGAGCCAAAGCACUGCAUGGGCGUAGUCCUAUCUGCAUUUGGGCUGCAGGGAGAGCAGAACAUCCAGGCCCGCUAUCACUGGGUUAGCGGGCACGAUUGCCUAAUAAAUAGUGCUGUUUAUAGUCUGCAUAACUGUCUUUAAAUUUGAUAAGCAUUCUGUGUUUUUUUUUCUGCAUGAAAGAGUGCAGUGAUGGUUUUCGGAGGCUGCUUGUGUGCAACUUUCUCAUGUUGUCCCGUGUUGAACUCACGCAGGGAAUAAGGUGCUGUGAAGGUUAUUGAUCUGACACCAGUCAUCAUGGAGCUGCAUAUGUUCGCCACCGCCUGUCUCAUCCUCGGCAGGAUAAUGAUGACGCAUCAAACUACUCACAUGAACCCGGUGUCUACGUAUCUGUUCGCGCCCCGCGGUCCUCAGAUGUUCCCGUGUCUAACUUACCUGGAGCGAAACGUCCGGGUGGACUGUGAGUUUCCGCCCACCUACCAGGUGCCCGGCCCGUACUGUGAGUACCGUCAGGACAGCCGCCUGGUGGGCAGCACCUACCCCAACGCCGUCAUCUACGUCACCAUAGAGGACCGCAGGAGGAGCAACGUCAGCCUGGUCAGUCCCAAUCUGUGUCGCCUCACUUGGGCCCCGCUGGCUGACGAGAAGCCUUUCACCUACACCUGCAGGGUUUACCAGGGCAACACCUGGAAAGAGAACAGCAUGGCCGUCCAUCACAGGCUUCUUCCAAUCUGCUCUGCAAUCAGCGUGAUGUUCAAGUCAGCGCCAUGGUUUUUGUCACUGGUGAUGUCACUUCCUGUGGCGGUGGGUCUUCUGAGUCCAUGAACUGUCACUUUCACAGGGUAACCACUCAAAGGGACCUUUCUUACAUGAUCUGUGACUCACUCUGGCUUGAUGGUUAGUGGUUGACUCCAUGUGGGAUGAUUUUAUUUUCUAUUAUUUUAGUUUUUUAGGGCAGAGAAGUCAUGAAAACAAAACUCUAGUUAAAAAAAAAACGG